AAUGAUAUUAUAUAGCAUUGGCAUACAGUCCCCGGAACUCGUCAUACUCGAACCGUAUCUCUUAUCGUUGUCCCUUAAAGUUUACUUAAAAUUUUCUUUGAAUAAAAUUAAAAUAUGAUCUACCUAAGUUAAAUUGAUAAAAAUACAGCUAUAUAAUAAUUAUUAUUAUUUUAAAAAAAAUUUCUCUAAAAUAAUUUAUAUAGUAUUCAUUAAAGUAAAUCAUCCGUAAAAAUGCUACGUCGAAUUUUUAUACUGUGUUUUAGCUACGGAUUAUUCGAUAUUACUUCAUCAGACCAAUUAGACACAAAUGGUAUUCCUUCAACAUACGCACAUUGUGGAAAUUUGCAGAUACAAGAUCAAAUCCAAUUAAGAGCAAUUGCUGGGACAUGGUUCGUAAUCGAAAUUUUACAACAUAAAAUUGAUGAAAACUACUUUCGAGGAGAAGUUUUAGAUAUGGAAUCUUGUCCUUUCAUAUAUGUAGAAUUAGAUGCUUUAGAAAGAGAUUUAAGAAUGUUGUGGUAUGAACCACUAAUUACUGUAGAAUAUACCUUCAAAAUUCAAGAGAGAAAUUCUCCUGGACAUUGGGUAUCGACUGGUGCUCAAAAUGUAACUCUUAAAGAAAGUGCAAAAUACAAUCAUUUUGCGGGUUUUGUUUACGUCAGAAAAGCUGUUGGUGACCACAUGGUACUAACGUUUUGCUCGCCUAAUACAGAACUAUACAGCGUUGUCUUAUCUCGUGAAAAAUGGCUGCCAAACAGUGAUUUGAGAAGUAUUACUAACAAUAUGAAUAAGAACAAAUUGCUGGUCACACAAACCAAACGAGCAUGUCGUAACUCUUCUUCGAUGAUUCACAGUACAAUUUGGCUUUUGGCAAUAUUUAGUUUAAUUCAUUUUAUCUUACAUCGUUUUAAGUAGACUAAAGUAACUGGUAGGUAAAUAAUCUCAGUCGUUCAACUAUUAAUUUUUCAAAAAUAUAAUUUUACUUAAAUAAUAUUAACUCAAUUUGCAAAUUUGUACAAUUAGAUUAACUACAGCGUGUAUAAAUAAAUUGUUGUGCUGGUCACCUUAACAGUAGUAACUGAUAUUAUUCUUACCAAUUUAUAAGAAUUGUGAAUUUUUAAUCAUAAGAGGAAACUUAAUUAAACUAAUUUAAUAAUGCAAUUAUGCAGUUUAAAAUUUGCCCCUGGGUCUGGUCAAAUAUCGACCAUAGUUUAAAAUUAAUGCCAAUGUAAUGAAAAAUUUAAUUAAAAGAGAUAUAAGACCAAAUACACUAUUCUAGAUAUCUAUAUUUAUAUUUUUAGCAUCUUAGACAAAACAUAUUUUACACGAUUUAUUUAUACAUUUUUCGCAAGCGAAAACAUGGUUUGAUAUUAGUACUGAUAAUUUUUUAAGCCCAACUUUUGUACCAACCUAAAUACACACAAAUAAAAAUAAUUAAUUAUGUAAGAUUUUUAUUAACUUUACAUUGUGUUACCACACCUCUAUUCAAACUGCAGAAAUUAUUAUUAAGGAAAUACUUAUCACUUGACAAUACUGUUUUUUAGUUUAAAUAUUUGUAUGCAAUUUUUGACACUUGAUUUUUAAAAAUAUUUAUUUAUUUAUAAUAUAAAAUCUUUUAUAUUAAGUAUAUUAAUGAAUUUAUAGCUAAGAAUUUUGUAUUAUAUAUAUUUUUUUUAAUUUAAGGUAAAGCUAUUUAAUUGUUAUAACCUAAUAAGGUAGCUGCAUUUGAAAAAAUAUUUUUUAUAAAAAUUAUAUAACACAUUAUGAUAUUUUAAGUUAUAAUUUAAUGUAUAAAAUUGUUUGUCUUAUUUUAAAUACCUAAAAACUGUUAUUUUUUUAUGAUGAUGUCCAAGUAAAUUUAACGGUUAUUUGAAAAU